UGUAGCUGGCGAAAUUCAACCCGGAGUGUAAUCGUAGGGAACCAAAACGGUUCAUAUCCAUUUGUUUAAACCUUUCUUGUUAUAGAGCCAUGGUUUAAGAUGAUAUAUACAUGCGAUAAAAUCUACAUGCUAUCAUGUCGGUUGUGUUAACUGUUCUCGCCGGAGCAAUCACCUUAUAUCUUAUAGUUAUCUAUAAUGUUCUUAAAGGAAGGAGAUGCACAAGUUCUGUAAACAUAAAGGGGAAGACUGCAAUAGUGACAGGAAGUAAUACUGGCAUUGGAAAAGCCACAGCAUUGGAUUUAGCCAGAAGAGGUGCAAGAGUCAUUUUGGCAUGCCGCCACAAGGAGAAAGCUGAGGCUGCUGUUUAUGACAUCCGAAGAGAGAGCGGGAACAAUGAGGUGAUGUUCAUGCAGUUGGAUCUGGGAAGCUUGAAGUCUGUUCGUGCCUUUUCCAAAACCUUCCUGGAGACUGAGCCUAGAUUGGACCUUUUGAUCAACAAUGCAGGUGUGAUGGGUUCCGGGUACACAAAGGACGGCUUUGGCGUGGCGUUUGGGGUGAACCACCUGGGGCAUUUCCUUCUCACAAACCUUUUACUGGAGCGACUGCAGCAGUGCACCCCGAGCCGUGUGGUCACCGUGUCGGCGCUGCUCCACCGCUGGGGCGCUGUUGAUUGUUCCCUGCUGCUGUCAGAGAAGGACCUGGUGUGGAGCCAGUCGGCAUGGCUGCACGCCAUCCGGUCGUACUGCAACAGCAAGCUCUGCAAUGUGCUCUUCACCAGGGAGCUGGCAAACCGACUGGGGGGGACGGGGGUCACCUGCUACAGCCUUCACCCAGGGGUCGUAUAUACAGAGUUUCUUCGCAACAUGCAUGCAUGGCAACGGUUCUUUCUCCUGCCUGUGGCUAAGCUCUUCUUCCUGGACACUGAAGCUGGAUGCCAGACCACCUUGCACUGCGCUCUGGAGGUUGGAAUCGAACCCCUCAGCGGACGCUACUUCUCCUCCUGUAGGCCGCAGCAGGUUGGCUCACAGGGCCGCGACGACAGCCUGGCUAAUAAGCUGUGGGAGGUCAGUGAAAGGUUGACUAGCUAGUCGGACAGUUUGGAAUUACCGUUUGGCCGUGACAGCCAAUCAAACUUGACGGCAAAGUCGCCAGACAGAAAAUAAGCCAAUUUCUCAGCAACUCUUUCACAUAUGGUGACCUUUGACCUCUAGGGGGCGCUGUAAUUAAUGAAGAUGUGUUUUAACUCCCCUCUCUUCACAUCAGUAUAUUUCAAACUUCUUUAACCAUUCUGAUAUAUUCUUAUACAAAUGAUUGAUUGAUUGAUUGAUGAUUGAAAACUUAAAGGAUGUAAACAAUUACUCAAAUUGCCCUCUCUGGGUUAUAGGCAAUCUAUGGUUAAUGGUGAUUGUGUUUGUUAAUGACUACUGGCAGUUUUGGGUUAACAGGUUAAUUGUAAGGUUAAUAGCCACAAUAAUGUGGCACCUCUUCUAUCUUUACUCUAUAAAGGAAGAAAUAACCAACAUACAUCAAAUUAAUGAAAGAAAAUUAAGGAUAACGCUUGAAUGUGUAAAAUCUUAUGUAAUGUUCAAUAUCUAUCUUAAUAUAACGGUGUGCUCAAUGCCAAUCCAAAUUUUGUAAUAAAACUAUAAGCUUUACACCUUU